AUGAAGCUGUCCGCUGUCACCCUUCUCACUCUCGCCACCGGCAUCAUUGCCGCUCCUGUCGCUGAUGUCAGCAAGGAGGUCCGAUCUUACGCUAGCUACGAGCCUCCCAAGGACACCUACGAGCAGCCUAAGACUCCCAAGCAGGAGAAGCCCAAGAAGCCUGAGUACAACCACCCCAAGGCGCCCAAGCCUCAUCACGAGAAGCCUAAGGCUCCUAAGCCUCACCACGACAAGCCCAAGCACUACGCUCCUCCUCACCACGAGAAGCCCAAGGCUCCUAAGCCUCAUCACGAGAAGCCCAAGACUCCCUCUUAUGAGCAGCCCAAGGCCCCCAAGCCUCACCAUGAGAAGCCCAAGGCUCCUAAGCCUCACCACGAGAAGCCCAAGAAGCCUGA